AUGAUAGACAAAACGGAAAUUGUUAUGAUAGGUAUCGGCGGGGCAUCAGCUUCCGGAAAAAGUACGCUUUCCAGUCUUCUCGCUCGUAUUUUCCAAAAUAGCACGAAUUUUUCACAAGACAAUUUUUUCAAGAAUAUAUCCCAAAUCGCAACCAUCCCCGAAAUGGAUGACUAUCCUCUCUUGGAAUCCCCUGAUGCACUUGAUUUUCCCACCUUUAUAGAAACGUUGAAACACUUUCGUCAAACGGGUUCUUCCAUCAAUCCUCAAAAAGAAGGUUUGGUGAUCAAGAAACGUUUUGAGGGAAGUCCUCACUUAGAAUCCUUGGUGAAAAGUUUAUCUUUGAAAGUUAGAGAUACUCUUGAAGAUGAUGAAUGGAAGUUUUCUUUCGUAGACGGGUACCUCUUAUAUUGGGAUAUUGAAGUUGUAAAGGAAUUGGAUCUAAGAUUUUUUGUUCAAGCCGACUAUGGAAUUGUGAAAGAACGAAGAAAAGAUAUCUCAAGCGAUGAAAGCUGGUUUGAACCGUUAGGAUACUUUGACACGUAUGUCUGGCCGUACUACUUAAAAUUCCAUGAACCUUUGUUUAAUGGAUUUUUUGAAACUGGACGGACAACGGAUAGUGUAGUGGUGCUUAAGUCUAAUUAUGUGGACGAUCUGUAUAAAAAUUUAGAAAUAACCGUAGAAAAAAUUUUGGAGUAUGUCAAGGCAAAAAAAAUUGAAAGAAAUCUAUGA